AUCUGAGUCCGGCCCCAUGAGCGCCGGAGGGCCACUUGAUUUCAACACCUCCAUUUCUUCCCUUCGCACUCUUUCUCGCAAAAUAGCCCAAGGGCAUGCCGUCUCCUCCAAAGCCAUGGGAACGCGCGGGUAGCGCGGCUCCCGCGACGCUCCCGUCAGCGACGACAACCUCCCAACCCAUGGCGUCAACGACUCCGGCAGCGGCAGCAGCCUCGACAUCGACCUCUGCGACCGCGGCAGGCGCUUCAUCGUCUCUUUCCUCUUCAUCUGCAACCCCAUCUGUGCCUGCGCGCCCCGCAGCGCUCACUUCUGCGGCGACUGCUACUCAACCCAACCCUUUGGCGACUCAGAGCGCAUACACUUCGCCUUAUGGUGGCUAUUCAUCACCUUAUUCUCGAUUCGGCUCUUCAUAUUCGCCAUAUGGGUCAACGGGUAUGUAUGGGGGUAUGGGAUAUGGCUCAGGGUAUGGCUCGUAUGGGAUGAGCAGCGUGUAUGGAGGAAUGCCAGGCUACGGGGGACUCGGAGGGAUGCCCUACGGUCCUAUGAACCCUUACGAUCCCAAUAACCCCGCCGGCGGGCCUUCACUCUCGCAAACUCUAUCUACAACCACGCAACACACCUUUGCGCUCCUCCACUCCAUUGUCCAAACGUUCUCCGGCCUCGCCCAAAUGCUCGAGUCCACGUUCAUGGCGACACACUCGAGCUUCUUCGCGAUGGUCGGCGUCGUCGAGCAGUUCGCCGUGCUCCGGAACGCGCUGGGGAGUGUUCUCGGCCUCUUCGGGCUGAUACGCUGGCUCAAGGGCGUGCUUACGGGGCAAAGGGGCAACCCUGAGUUCCGGCAUGAGUUCAGGGAGUUUAUCAACGGGCGCCCAGUGCAGGGCGCAGCGAGCCCGCCCCAGCCAGCCCCGAGUAAGAAGCCGAUUAUCGUCUUCUUAGCAGCCGUGAUCGGUGUGCCCUACGCGAUGCAUAAGCUCAUCCAGCUCCUCUCAUCCCGCGUGGAGCAGCAGGCCGUCCUACCGCACUCCGCUCUACCUCCUCUCACCCCCGCCGAUCUGACGUUCGCCCGGGCACUAUACCCGUUUACCCCCUCGACCCCAUCGGAAUUGGCACUAAAGCCGAAUGAGAUUGUUGCUAUCAUGGGCAAGCUGGAUCCUGCUAGCGGGCAGGAAGUCGAUCCGCGUGUGGAAGUCCCUGGAUGCGAGUGGUGGAAGGGCCGGACGAGGGAAGGCAAAGAAGGGUGGUUCCCGAGGAAGUGGGUCGAGGUGCUCGAGAAGAAAGGGGAGGGCAAGCAGGACGGUCUUCCCAAGGCAGCGGCGGAGACGAAGGUUGUUGAUGGUGAGAAGAAGCGCAUGUGAGGCCUGUGAGGGCCGAUGUGGUCGGAGGGUGCUAUUGGUUCUAUUUAUCUUAUAUCCGGUGUCUAUGCCGCUUCUUUGAUGCUCGUGUAUCUUCACUGUAAUUGAGUUUGUGUUGCUGUGUGGCUACUGCGCGAAUUCCGAAGGUGCAAGAUCGGCAAUCUGAGCUGCCGGCUAACAAUGCAGAUUACAGUUGUAUUCGAUAUGCAACACAAGG